CAGAAACUUUGAGGAAUGACAUACUCAGCGAGAGAGGAAGUUUGUUAUUAAGUCUUUUGCCUCAAUUCAGAAGGAAAAGACGGAUAUUUACGACAGAAAUUUGUUAAGGAGUGUUCAUUUCAAGUUUUCCUGAGUUUUUCUUCUAAGAGAUAGUAGAAAAGGGACUGAUUGGGGAUUUUUGAGAUUUAUAGGACACCUUUAUUGUUGAAAAAUUUAAGUGUUUAAACCCAUCUUCAAUUCAAGUAAAUUCUGAAUUUAAGUAAAUAACAAAACACCUACCAAACAAAUUAAAUAAGAAAGAGAAUAUGGCCCAAAGAGUUACUUAUCGUCGUCGUUUGGCCUACAACACUCGUAGCAACAAAACCAGAAUUAUCAAGACUCCUGGAAACAAGGUGCGCUAUUUGCAUAUAAAAAAAUUAGGGACCAUUCCUCGCUGUGGUGAUACUGGUGUUCCUUUGCAAGGUAUUCCUGCUUUACGUCCUCGCGAGUUUGCUCGUCUUUCCCACAACAAGAAAACUGUCCAGCGUGCUUAUGGUGGCAAUUUGAGUGCGAAUGCUGUGAAGGACCGCAUUGUCCGUGCCUUUUUGAUCGAGGAGCAAAAGAUCGUUAAGCAAAGAUUGAAACAAAUGACUGCCAAGAAUUAGAAGAAACCACGGUAUUUAUUCUACGUCAUAUGGGCUAUCCUUUUCAGUGCAUAACUUUUGUCUGAUCGUCAGUAUGGAACGUGAGAUUGAAUAGAAAUAGGAACCGCUAAAACUUUUCUGGCUGAUAAACUAUAACCUGAGAAAAACAAGGUAAACUCAGCUGAUCCUACCACAAAAACUUCUGCUGCUCUUUGAUUUGUAUUCUACCUAUUCUAAUUGAACUGAUAAUAUUCAAUGAACCUUUUCAUAACCUAUCCCUUUCAUAUCGUUCCCUACUGUCUUUUAAUGAUAUUUUUGUUUCCUUUGGCGGUCCCAGAAAAGAACACUGUAGGAAAUUGGAGUCUAUCAUGUAAGAAUAAUUUUAGUAAUAACCUAGAGUAACGAACAUAUUUUUUCAAAGGGAUUGAUGAAUUUCCAUUUUGAUUCUCGUAAAAGAACUGUGCUCGUCC